UUCUUCAGAUAAUAGUACUUUAAAUUCAGCCUAGAACCCCCGUCCACAAAACUGCCAAAAAACGUACAAACAUAGUAACAAACAAUCCACAGUAUUGUAGCCUUCCACAACACCCACAAUGAAACUUGUUUCUCAUGCAAAGCCUUUAAGCCAUGCAUCUACACGUGUCAAUACCCCUCCUCUUUUUAACCACCACACCAAGCCCCUCUUUCUCUCACUCCACUUCUCCUUUCUCUCUCUAGAAAACACCCCCAUUUUCUCUCUCCACCAAGCUCCCACUUCCACCCAUGGCUGACCGUGACCGCCCUCACCCACACCAGCUCCAAGUCCACCCACAGCACCGCUAUGACGGUGGUCCCAAGUCCUUCCUCCCCCAAAGAGGCCCAUCAGCCACCCAAAUCAUGGCAGUCAUCACCCUCCUCCCCAUCGGCGGAACCCUACUUUGUCUCGCCGGACUCACCCUCGCCGGCUCACUCAUCGGACUUGCCGUCACCACCCCUAUUUUUGUUCUCUUCAGUCCGAUUCUCGUCCCCGCUGCCAUUGGUGUCGGCUUGGCUGUCACUGCCUUUCUGGCUUCGGGAGCUUUUGGGGUGACGGCACUGUCGGCUCUCUCGUGGUUCGUAAAGUGCCUCCGGCAAGGCGUUGAUUCAUUGCCGGAGCAACUCGACCAGGCAAAGAGGCGCAUGCAGGAUAUGGCUAUCCAAAUGGGCCAGAAAACUAAGGAUGUGGGCCAAACGAUCCAGCAGAAGGCCCAGGAAUCUGGCAAAACUUAGGUCCACGAAGAUUGAAGAGGCUAUAUAUUGGCCAUAUGCGGAAAAUGGUAAUGGCAGGAAAUAAUGUACGUUUGUUUUGCAAGUGUAUGAAUGAAUUUUUUUGUUUUGUUUUGUUUUUUUUUUCUCUGGUUCCAUUGUUAAUUACCGGUAUCUGUUUCUUUUUUGUGGCCUCCACUGGGUCAUUGCCUUUCCAUUUUAUUUUUUUUAUAAAA